AUGUUCAUCCAGAUACUUCUUUCCUCCCUCCCGCUCGUAUACGCGGGGGGUAGUUUUUCUUUGACACAGCAACAAGAACGGCUUCUUGAAGAUCGUCUAUUUCAGACCAACUUGCGUGGACCACGAUGGACGGGGAACGAUAACCAGAACGUGCUUACCGAAUUAGUCGCAGGAUCUAUGAAUAACACUGGCCUUGACGUGAAAACUCUCACAUAUGAGUUCUCUCGUUGGGAUGCUCGAUGGUGGUCAUUAUCUCUGAAACUCACGAACGGUACUAUUCUCGGUCUUCCAACGACAGGAUUCUGGCCAUACAGUGGUGAUAGCGGUUUGGCCGGAGUAACAGGACCCGUCCAUGAUGCCGGGAGUUUUGGAAUAAUCGAUAAUCUCGAUCGCGAUGCCAACGCAACAUCUUUGGAUUUGAACGGAAUUACGGAGGGCACGGUACUGUUCUUCGACGAUCCUAGUCCAACUAGGAAUUAUUCUGAACCUGAGUAUCAUUUGCUUGGGACCUCGCGAGGUAUUCCCCCGACGGAGAUACCCGAGUUGGGUAAUUUAACGAACCCACACUGGCAAUCUUCCAAAACUCUGAACUGGAAAAGCCUCAAGGCAAAAGGCGUAGCCGCUGCUAUUGCGUCUUGGGUACACACAUCUGAUGAGAACGCAGCUCUCCAAUAUCUACCAAAUGACGGUGCGCCUGGAGACGGUAAUCUCUUUCAAGUACCUACGCUCUACGUGGGUAACUCCACCGGUGAACUCAUUCGAGAACUCGUGAAAUCUGGUCAAGUCGAGAGCGCGACUGUCGUACUCGAUGCUCCCAGUUUCCGGGCGAACUCUUCAACGAUCAUUGGGCAUUUGAAAGGAAAAGGAAAUACGAAUGACACAAUUGUGCUCUAUACACACGGCGACGGGCCGUCAAUUAUUGAAGAGAAUGGGCCCAUUCUGUUGUUGGCCAUGGCGGAAGCUCUCGCCCCUAAGGGAUUGGACAUUAACGUCGACUUCGUAAUCACAACUGGGCACAUGUCUGGUGGCCAUCUCAACGAAUCUCUCUGGAAAGACCAAGUGCCCUCCAUCGCACAAAACGCAAAGGCUGUGAUCUCAUGCGAACAUUUCGGUGCUAUCGAGUGGAAAGAUGAAAUCCAAGAUGGGAAGCCUGUUUAUCGUUCGCAUGGCAAACUUGAGCCUAUGUGGAGCCUGGCGAAUGAUACGAAUCAUAGCGACCUCCUUCAACAACUAUAUAUUGACUCGUUUGAAGGGACAUCGAGCCAGUUAAGGAUGGCAUUGUUAGCUCCUCAGCUAGUUCAAGGUAAACUUGCGAGAUGGUUUGGAGUCGGAGGAAUCGCGCAAUUCGGCCAUACUAAUAUUCCAACCAUUGGCAUAAUCCCUCAACCCGACUAUUUAUGGACAGCGAUGGUGGAUGGCGGAUGGAGCAAGCUCGAUAUACCCAUCGUCAUCGAACAAAUCAAUGUCAUCUUACGAUUGGUCGAGAAAUUGAACGAACAACACGUAUUUGGAAAGUUAUGA